GAGCAGGGCAAUGUUUAUGCCAUCCUGCGGGGGUUGUGUUUUGGAGGUGUCGCUGUAUGGGCUGGUAAUAUUUUUGUAAGCUCUUUUCGACUGUGUAGAGGUUGUAUUUUAUUUGCUCAUAAAUAUGGAUUGAGGUUUUGGAUUAUGGCCCGGUUACGUUUUGCUUCAGACAGAGUUUACUUUCCCCUUUCAAUAAGUUUUAAAUACAUUGGGCCAUAUGGAAAUUGACUUGUUCAUCAACCCAAGAAAGUUGAACGAAUUUGGAAAAUAAUGUUACAUAAUUCUUGAGCGUGCGAGUAUCGAACCAGAGUCAGAGCAGCAGUACUCAAAACUCCCGAUUCAGUCAUUCACUUAGUUGGUAACAAGACUUAAUCUGUCUCUACCAGUGUUUUCACAGCUGUAAAAUGGGAGCUACACCUUUUAAUGAGGGGCAUUACAUAAUCUUUUUGGAAAGACUUUACUGAAAAAAAAAAAGCAUAGUAAUGAUCAUUUUAGAUUGUGUAAGGGUAGUAAACAACGCAACAUACAUCUGAGGGAACAUUUUAUGUUGAAUGGAGAGGUGUCUGAGAAAGAUGUGGUGUCUAGUGGAACAUGAACAUUAGAAACUUCUCUGUAAUGUUCGUUUCUUAUGCAGUUGCUCAGUUACAUGCUGCUGCUCUGAAUUCUGCAGAGUGGAUGACAUAAGCACUACAUGUAAUAGAGCCCAAAUGGGAAGGAGGUGUUACCGAGUAGCAGACCAAGCCCACUUCGUGCCCCACGUCUAGAGAGAAACUUAUCAGGGAUGCAACACGUGCAAUAUGAAGCCAGUAGACUUGCUGAUUGGCAGUCAUGUCGGUCAAACUGACAUUCGUCUCUCCUGGGGAUGGCGGUGGUAUCAGUAGGAGUUGUUCCUUCACUGGAUUCAGCACUGUGCAAAACAGAAAAUUAGCAAAGUCUCUCAAUAGAAGUUCAGUGAGAUCAAGAAUGUCACUGAAGUCCCCCAAGGCAUAUUCUUCACUGCAGAAAGGGGCAGUCAUCUGGGAUCCAAAACCACUGCAGGUGAAGAAAAUUUUUGAAGCUUUGAAGAAAGGACUUAAUGAAUACUUGGAAGCACAUCAGGCUGAGUUGGAUUAUCUCUCUGGUCGGCACAAAGAUACAAAAAGGAACUCCAGAUUGGCCUUCUACUAUGACCUGGAUAAGCAAAUUCGCUCUGUGGAGAGAUACAUUAGAAAAUUGGAGUUCCACAUAAGCAAGGUGGAAGAACUCUAUGAAGCUUACUGUAUCCAGUGCAGACUACGUGAUGGGGCCACUAACAUGAAACAUGCCUUUGCCUUGUCUCCUUCUACCAAAGCCUCCAGGGAGAGCCUAGUGGAGCUCUACAAGAACUUUCAGGGAUGCACAGAGGACAUGUGCUUUAUAGAAGGGGCAUUGGAGGUCCAUUUAGGAGAGUUUCACUUGAAGAUGAAAGGCUUGGUGGGCUUCGCACGUCUCUGCCCAGGGGACCAAUAUGAGGUUUUUGUGCGACUGGGACGCCAAAAAUGGCGGUUGAAAGGCAAGAUUGAGACUGAUGACAGCCAAACAUGGGAUGAAGAAGAAAAGAUUUUUAUACCUAAUCUCCACGAGCAGUUUGAAAUCAAGGUGACAGAACUGCGAGGACUGGCCACUAUUCUAGUUGGAGUCGUGACAUGUGACAGCAUAAACUUCUUUACAACCAAGCCUCAGGCAAUCAUUGUGGAUAUAACUGAGCUGGGCACUAUCAAGUUGCAACUGGAGGUUCUCUGGAAACCCUUUGACACAGAGAACCUGUUUUUGUCACCUGGAACCACUGCCAAGUUUUCUGUGGGUAGCAGGAAGAACUCUUUGUACAACUGGACCCCACCAAAUACCCCCAGCUUCAGAGAGAAAUACUAUCUAUCUGUUUUGCAACAAAGACAGAACCAAGGGGAUGUAAGUGAAGAAGCUCAGCCUCCCAGCAUACUGAGCUAUUUGGCUGCCUGUGAUUUUGGUGUGCAUGAGAGGAGCAAGCCUCACGAUCCUGUAGAGACGAGUGAAGCGGACUCAUUCAGCUCUGAGGAUCUGAAAGGGACAGAAUCUAGAAAUACAACUCCAGCUGCAGACCACAGGACAUUGCCAUUGGUGAUUAUUCAAGAGGCUUGUGCAGAAGAGCGACAUCCACUUCCAAAUCAUGCAACUCUGGACAUUCUGAAGAAGACUCCGUGUGCGGAUGGAUUUCCAAGUAACCCAUCUACUUUUCUGAGUCGUGGUAAAGGCAGCAGAGCUUCUUUCAACCAGGCCAGAAAUCGCCAUCUGACAGAACAAGAAAACAUUAGCCAGAAAAGCUUGAAUGCUGCAAAUGAUGUAAAACUAGAUGGAUGUAUGAAGUCAAUUGAUAAAACUCUCCAAGAACUGUUAAAUUUGCUGAAAUUACAUGAUGUUAGGCAAGCCCAACUGGAGAAAUUGGAAUACCAAGUUUUAUCUAUGAGGGAUAAAUUAAAGCUAAAGACACUUCACCACAAACGUUCAUCUAUGGAAAGUUUAAUGGUGGAGACAGUGCUGGAAAGUUUUGACUUUUUAAACGCUGACUGCAGUGCUGAUGAGCUUUCGUUAUUUGGAAGCAUAAGAACAGCCAGUAUCAGCACAUACAAUGACAGCACGUUUCAGUCCCUGAGCUGUGACAUGAAAACAGAAACAAGAGGUGUAACUACUGGUGAUGACAACUUAGAUGUACUUUUGAUAACUCAUCUGAAGCUGUGCAAAGCUCUCUUGCAGAAACUCAGAUCACCAAACAUAGCCCAGAUUGUCCAGGAGAGCGUUUUGGAAGAAGUGUCAGAGCAGACACAAGUCCUGGGGGAUGUCUUGGAUAUGUCUGUUGAAGAAAUUAUUCAGAAGACUAAGAAGAAGAAGCACUAUCUGAAAAUCUGGAGUGAUCUUGCAGAGCCUGGCAGUAUCUUGUUUGCUUCGGCAGAAAGAUUCCAUAAUGCACUGAAAUACACAUCGGCACUCAAAAUGAAGGAAAAAUACCCUGGUCAAUUAGAAGCAGUAUUGCGGAGAUUUCUAGAGCAGAUUGUCACUUGUGAUGGAUUGCUCCCCUCUCCGUACCACCAAACAGAACCAGUUACUUUAUUCCAAUUUUAUAGCUACCUGGAGAAACAUCAUAUUACCAGCCUGGACAAACACUUGGGAAAACUUGCUAAAGAAGUGAUGCUAAUUGAGGAGCUGCAAUGCCCUGGACGGCUGAAGACUCUUAAAAAAUUGAAAGGAAAGCGAUUGAACAAGCUCCAACCUCUACCGCAGACUUUACGGCUGCUUGGGAUUUUACAGCUGGAUGACAACCACCGCGUCAGCAAAGCAGCCACAUCCUGCCUCUCCCGUGCAGCAGCAAACAAGAACUUUAGGGAAAAGGCUCUCCUUUUUUACACUGAUGUUUUAGCUGAUUGUGACGCAAGACUUCAGCAAGCUGCAUGUUUGGCCCUUAAAAACCUCAGAGCUAUAGAGAGUAUAGAGCAGGUCGCCCAUCUGUGCCAAUCUGAAAUAGAGGAAGUUAGGAAUGCUGCCCGGGAAACAACACUGUCCUUUGGUGAAAAAGGACGGCAAGCCUUUGAGAAAAUGGACAGGAUUUGCUGUGAAUUAAGAGACACCGUGCAGCAAGAGGCUGAAAUUGAAAUCACAGUAUUUUAGUAGUGGAAUAUGAGGAGCUAAAUCAUACUGUCCUCACAGCCACAGCUGAGUACUGAGGAUUUAGUUUGUUCAGUGUCUGGUUUACUAGACCCUGCUAUGUACAUGUUGCGUACUGACAGAGUACAGUUUUGUUUCCAAAGUGGGCACAGUUUGCAAUCUAAACCAAAUAGACUGGAAUCUGUAUUUUCUCACUCUCAGCACAUGAUGAAAUCUCAAAUCGAGGUGCCACUUGAGUUAAAUCUCCAUCUCACUGGAACUGGCUGCCCCUGCACAAACUAAAAGUCAAAUAUGAUCUAUUUUCACUUAAAAUAUUUUAUUAAUUUUUGCAUUUCUCUAAGAGGAAAUAAAUGAUCACUCUCCUACAGUCCAUCUAUAAACUAGCGGACAACAGCUUACUUACAUCAACUUCCAUAUAAAUUAGAAAAAUCUAGCAGCUAUAAGUGGCUACCUUUUUUUUUUUUACGCAAUUUAGUUGCAGAAGGAAAACUUGUUACUUUAAAAGCCAUUUUUGGGGUAAUCAUUGCAACUUAGGCCAGGCUCGAGCAAGGCUUGAAAAGGGUAAGUACUGAGUGUAUAUCCUCAGCAGUUUACAAGGGGAAGUUAUUUAUCAUAUUAGUCAUGUACAGAUCAGACUGCCAUAUGGACAGAUCUAUGUAAGUUUAAAAAAAAUACAAAAAGCAUUUUAUUUCUUUAGUCAUAGACCAAGGUUUUGCAUAAUCACAUACCCAUUGUCAGGCUCCUUACUCAACACUUAUUUAAUGUAGUGGAGGGUAGUCAUAAAGAGGUCUGGCUUCAGGUAAAAUACUUGAAAGGGUUUGGCUUGUGUGUAUAUAUUUUAUAUAUAUAGUACUUUUUCUAUUCAGUAUUUAUUUGUUGGAUUUCAUACUUUUUUUCUAAAAUUCUAAUAAAACUUUUGAGAC